GCUGCCCCUUCCCGGCCGCUAGCACGUGGAGCCAUGGCGGCCCCGCGCGCGGAGGAGCUGCUGGCGGGCGCGGAGCCCGUGGCUCUGCCGACGCGGAGCGUGGUGGUGCACAAGGAGCUGGAGCUGGACUUCGACCUGGGCAACCUGCUGGCGCGGGACGCCAACCCGCCACCCCGCGCCGCCGCCGCCCAGCGGGAGACCGCGCUGCGGGCGCUGGCCCGGGACAACGCGCAGCUGCUGGCGGCCGACCCGCUCGAGGACCAGCUGGGCCGGCAGCGGCGGGAGAAGCGCGAGCGCGUGGCGCGCAACGAGCUCAACCGCCUGCGCAACCUGGCACGCGCCAGCAGCUUCCACCCCACGGGCCACCAGGGCCGCCAGGAGCUGGGCCGCGCUGCCUGUCUGGCCCGCGCCUCCACUGCCUCACUCGGUCGCUUCCAGCCGCGCCUGCCCCGGGAGUCACCUCUGCCCCCACCCCGCAGCACUGGCAGUGGUAAGAAGAAGCGGCGCUUCGCACCGCUGCUGGGUGACCUGGCAGCUGAGCGUGGGCGGCAGCUGGAGCUGGUGCGCACGCUGGCCAAGCCACUGCCACUGGACGUGGCACGUGCCACCAACAAGCAGCUGCGCCAGGAGGACGCCGAGGCGGCGUCAACAGGUCGCGCCAAGGGCCGCAAGCGCAGCGAGCGUGGAAAACGGGCACGAGGGCGGGGCAUCCCACAGCAGCGCCGCCGGGGGCAGCAGAAGCAGCAGCGCCCAGCUGGGGGCAAAAGAAGGAAGCACUGAGGAUGGCCCAGGCACUGCCUGGGAUUCCUCCCCACCCAUUGUGUCUGGGGGAGGGCAGUCUCUCCCAGCCCAGAGUGGAGUUGGGGUCCCCCCCAAGAGACAGGGGGCACAGGACUGAGCCAGAAAGACUUGCUCCCCAUUUAUAUGACAGGCCUCCCAUUCUCAUUUCUCUUCUUGUGGCUGCUCUCAGAGGCUGGAGAUGCUUUAGCAGGACUGACUGGUUACAGACAACAC